GUUUAGGCUGAUGGUGGAGCUAGUAGCAGGAGGUCAUCAUCAAAAGGAAAAGGACCAGCUGUGGGUGUAGGGACGUGUUACAAGGCUAACAAGUGCUUCGGCGUCUUAAACCCUGCCUUGAUAGGGAAAAGGAUGCCUGAGAUCCCCAGGGAAGGAUAACAACAUCAAGGACCAUUAUGUACUCCAUAUUUUGAAGAUGAAUGAUCAAUGAGUCAUGGAUGUUUUGAGGACUUCGAACCCUUUAUGAUAGCUUUUGAAAAUGAUGUACUGGGAUGGGCGACCAACAAACUAUCAUUAAAAUUAUUAUCUUUUGAAAAUGAUGUACUGGGAUACAAUUAUACUCUGAAGUUU